UCCAAACAAAGCCCACUCAGUUUCUACAUCGAUCUAAUGAACCGAAUGGCGUUCUCGCCGUUGUCCUGCUGGGCGAUGAUCUUGGUUGUCGUCCUUGCCUCUGGUUUCGACGUGGCCCUCUCACACAGCGAUGUUGGUGGCCCGAGCUUCAGCUACAAUACGAUGAGCUUCGACGGCCCGGAGAACUGGGGCAAGCUGAGCCCCGCCUACAAGGAGUGCGGCGAGGGCAAGGCGCAGUCGCCCAUCGACAUUGUCACCGCCAACGCUGUCCCCAACCCGAGCCUCGACAACCUUACCCGCGUCUACGCCCCCACCGUCGCCACCCUCAACAACAACGGCAAGGACAUCAGCAUGACCUUCCAAGACCAUGAAGGCCACUCCGUCUCUCCGGGCACCAUCCUAGUCUGCAACCCCGACGGGUCCAUGAAGGCUUUCGGGUUCAAGAUGAUCCACUGGCACUCGCCGUCAGAGCACACCAUCGAUGGCCAGCGCUUUCCCUUGGAGCUCCACCUGGUGCACGCCAGCGAGGACGGCCACCUCGCCGUCAUCGGCAUCCUCUACAAGAUCGGGGACCACGACGCCUUCUACGACCAGCUGGAGGACAAGCUUCGGGAGCUCAAGACGGAGCACCGUGUGGCGGCGGGGCUGGUGGAGCUCAAAUCGCUGCAGAAGCGGACGGGGAGCUACUUCCGGUACAUGGGGUCGCUCACCACGCCGCCGUGCACCGAGAACGUGAUCUGGAACAUCCUCGGCAAGGUCAGGGAGAUCAGCGCCGAGCAGCUGCAGCUGCUCACGGCGCCACUGCCGCACAAGGACAACCGGCCGGCCCAGCCGCUGAAUGGCCGCACCGUCCAGUUCUACAGCCCGCCAAACAGCACUGUCUCCUUCCAAAACAUCUCACAGUAGCUAGUUACUACAUUAACCCUGAGAAAUGACAUUAUAUAUAUGUACUUUUACCUAUUUUCUUAUCUAGUUGAUCAGGCGUGAACGCGCACCCUUUUUCUAAAAAAAAUUAAAUUUUAAAUGCUAUUUGAAAGUUUCAAAAAAACUGAAAUAAAUUUUUGCGUUACAUAUAAUCUUGAUACUUACUCGUGUAAAUUUUCACGGAAAAAUACGAUUGUACGUGGCCUACAUGAAAAUAAAAAAAUAUCUAAAUGACACUAUUAUGAUU